UUUCGAGCCUCGACGACAUCCUCUUGAUCGUUGGCAUACAGGAUGAAGAAGUUCUGCGCGUCGGGUGGAAGCGUCUGCAGGGCUUCUACAUAUUUGCUGCUAUUCGACAGAUCUUUAAGUCUCGUACCGGCUCCCUGUAGCUUAAGUGUGGGCGUCAAGGGACACGGAAAGGCGAACCAGUAGUAAUAGCUGUGGCACUUGAGGUCCGCAAAGGAUAGAACAAAGAAGCGAGUCAACAGACUGGGAUCACUCGCCACCCGGUCGCUGCAUUUCACUCGCUCAGCUAUUGAUUAUGUUGUUGUCUCUCUUCUUUUCGUGGUUUUGUUAUUUUCGAUGAGCGAGAGAGAGAGCCUUUGGCUGCCACUUGAGCGGCAUGGCAUUCUCGGGUUGGGUUAGGGUUUCAUCAGUCAAAGCCGGGCCUGGGGUCAAAUAAUGAGUUUGGAAAUGUUUACGGCCUCGGACUGGGUGGUUAGCUGACUAUGUUUGUUUUCUUUAGCUCGACACAUUUGGCCUGGCUCUAUUUAAAGCAAUGAGUGACAUGAUUAAUUCGAGUAAAUACAAGUAACUCCAUCUGAAUAUCAUUAGCAUCUUUGAGGCUCAAACGCAACGAUUGUACUCAAAAAUGUAUCCCAUCGAAAGUCUGAUUAGCAUAGACCAUCGAUGCCGAUUUGGGCUGGUAGUGGGUUUGCCGCUGAUUAGAUAAAGUUUCGGCUCUCCAUUGGACACGCUCUCCGAAAGAAACCUUGAUAUUGUUUUCAUUUGUUCGGGCGCUAUAGUGCCAACUGAGAGCCUGAGAAGUUAGAUUCCCGAUUCGCGGACACCUCUAAUAGAACAUUGACAAUAAUGCUAACGAAAUUCGCUGGAAACCUGUCGCAUCCGCUGGAGUUUGGGCAUGUGCUGGAGAUCGUCGCCAAGACCAUCGAUGGAGCCGCCAGGUUCCACAUAGACCUCUCCACAGCCAAGAGCACCGUGGAUCCGGAUGCUGACAUCGGUCUGCACUUCUCCUGCUACUUCCGCAAUGAUACGAUCGUGCGCAAUGCCCGCGUGAACGGCGUCUGGGGCGAGGAGGAGUCGGCGGUAAUGGACACCGUAACGCUUCCGAAUCCCAUUGUGAGCGGCGAGUUCUUCAUGGUCUACAUCUUGGCCUGCGAGGAUAGCUUUCACAUUUCCAUCAACAGUCGGGAUUUCUGUACGUUCCGCUAUCGCAUGCCGCUGAGUGCCAUUCGGGCUCUGGAGAUACGCGACCAAAUACAAGUGAUCAGGCAGGUGGAUCAUCGCACCGUCUUCCCCAAUCCGUGGCCAGCCAUACACGCCUCGGACAACUUAAAGGCCUUCAGCAACGAUCAACCCAUAAUGUUCAGUCCCGGCCAUGUGAUUGUGCUAACGGCUCGCUGUUCCGCCAACAAGCAGGGCCAGUUCGUCAUCCAUUUCAUGGAUUCGGACACCAAGCGCGACGACCUGCACUUUAGCAUACGCUUUAACGAUCAGGUGGUGGUGCGAAACUCCAUGGGCAAGAACUUCGAAUUUGGAGCCGAAGAGCGUCAUGGAGGCUUUCCGUUCAAGUUCAAUGAGCAGUUCAAGCUGGCACUGGCCUUUACGGAACGCGAAGUGCUCACGGCUGUGGAUGGAUUCAACUUCUUCAGCUAUGCCUGGCGCACUCCCAACGCCAUGUUGAACUUAGUGGGCUUUAAAGUGACCUGCUUAUAUGGCCUGGUGUUGCAGAUAACAGGCGUGGAUCAUCUGCAGACGGGCGACCCCACGUGCACCGCCUUCGAGAAGUACUCGCGCCACGACUACGAGUGUGUCUAAAGUGGAGUCCAUCGAUUGUACCAGUGAACGAAGUCUGAAAAUAAAUGUGUUAAACGUC